UUGAGAGGCAACAGCAUCCAAGGCAGAGGGCGUCGGAGAAGGGAAGAUGCGGGUCGCCAAUAGCAACAACCAUCUUUGAAAAAAAGGGAAAGAAAAAAAAUGGAUGCUACGUUAUGGAAGCCAGUCUGGAUAUAGGGAUGUAGCUUACAGCAUGACGCCGCCUUGCAGCUGUCGUUUUCUCGCCUUUCUUUUGUACUUCUACGUGCGGGGAAUAUCCAGUAAAUCCAUCGCGGAACAUGGAGCACUGGAGGUUCAGGUCAGAGUUCAAGUCUUUGACAGCAGUGACCUUUCACCCCUGUCGCACGCCUUCAUCGAGGUCCACGGCAACCAAAGCGUCCUGGCUUCCAGCGAGGCAGGAAGUGAUGGCAUGCUCGUGGUCAACUUCCUUUACCGGCCGGGCACCUUGGUGAUCAUCACAGCCUCCAAACAGGAUUACAUCACCAACUCCGUGCCCUGGCAUGCCAACCGCAUCCCUUUGUAUGCAUCUGUCAGUCUGUACCUGCUGACUGAGAGGCCAGGCACCCUCAUCCUCUAUGAUGACAUCAUUCAGGUGUUUCGUGGUUCCCCAGGGGUGAGAAACCAGCCUCGGGUCCAGCUGCAGAGGCGAUCGCUGGCGCUUAACUCUUCCUACGCCGACGUGUCGGCAGUCCUCACCACCACCAUGGCGCAUGACGAGCUGGCCAGCUUCCCUUACCUGCUGGGGGUGGAGGUCAACAGCACAGGAGGGGAGAGUGGCUGGAUGGAGCUGACGGCGGUGGCAGCGGUGAGCGCCCAGCUGUUUGACCGCGAGGGCCGAGCCGUGCCGGUCACAGAGUCGUUCCACAUGUCCAUCCCGCUGCCCACCGACUCACGCCUCCGCAGCCCCACCAGCAUACCUGUGUGGGUCUACCACAGCACGACAGGUGUGUGGCUGAGGAAUGGGACAGGCUACAUUAAGAGAGAGGGUUCCCAGCUCACCUGGGAGUUCAUGGCCUCCAAGCUGGGAUACUGGGUGGCGGCUUUCCCCUCUACUGCAGGGUCCGGCCUGGGUCACCCGGGACUGCGGGACAUCACAGCCUACCACACGCUCUUCCUGCUGUCCAUCCUGGCCUCGCUGGCCCUGCUCGUGCUCGUCCUGCUCUGUGUGCUCCUCUACUACUGCAGGAGGCGUUGUCUGAAGCCGCGUCGUCAGCAGGGGAAACUCCAGAGCUCUGCGGCUCUGAACGGCUCGAGGCGAGACCAGGGCACGUCCAUGUCCCGCCUAAACCUCAUCUGCGGCGGGCACGCCGAGCCAGGCACGUCCAGUGGCGACCAGGACGCUAUCCGGUCCGACGCGUCGCCCUCCAGAGACCACAAGAGCGCCCGCGACGAGUUCUCCAAGCACGUGCCAGCGCACAAGCUGCGCCACUCCAAGAGCAAGGGCCCCAAGGGGGGGGCGAAGGGCGAGAGCUUCCCCAUGAAGGUGCACCGCGCCACGGAGACCGUCUCGCUGGAGCCCCCUGUCAUCCGCGACGAGUACGGACGCGUCUACGCAGCCGGCGAAGACAAAGACGCGGAAUACCACCGGAGAAACGUCGCCAACGACAACCGCGGGUACACCUCGGAGCCGCCGUCUCCGCCGCCCGACAAGCCUCCGGAAUAUUCCCAGCUGUCCCAGGCGGCCGACCACCUGGCCCGACCCACCUCCCUGAACACCCAGCCGGGCCAGAUCAUCUUCUGCAGCUCGCUGGACCAGAUGAAGGAGAACAUCUACCGCAGCAUGGUCCCCACGCUGGUCAUCCCGGCCCACUACAUGCGCCUGUCGUCCGAGUUUGGCUCGGGAGAAGCGGGCAAAGAUGGUCAGCCCGCGUCGGAGCGGGACAAGGAAGCGCAGGGAGGAGCCAGCGGCGGGGGCCACCAGGGUCAAGGGUCGCAUCAGCAGGCCCAGCAGGGAGGCUCGUCGUCGCCGGACGACUCGGAGGGCAGCAGCUGGGCGUCCACGGGGCCGGGCGGCUCGGUCCACAUCCCGGUGCUGUUCAACGACUCCACCAUGGCACAGAUGAACGGCGAGCUGCAGGCGCUGACGGAGAAGAAGCUUCUGGAGCUCGGCGUGAAGCAGCACCCGCGCGCCUGGUUCAUCUCGCUGGACGGCCGCGCCAACGCCCACGUGCGCCACUCCUACAUCGACGUGGGCUCCGCCGACCUCGCCGGACACCACGCCAUGGGGCACGCGUCCUCGCACUCCACGCCCACCACACUCUCCACGUCCACCCACAACACGCAGCCCAGCAGCAGCAGCAAGGACUGCAGCCCCGACACCCUCUCCCAGGAGAGCCAGGACCGCAAGCCCCUCUCCUCCGCCGCCUACUCGUCCGCCCAGCGCAAGAGCAAGGACAGCGGGAGGGACGAGCGCUCGGGCACCGGGCAUCGCAAGGGUCACGGCAGCGGCGGCGUCGGCGGGGGCGGGGUCAAGCCCUACUCCAAACUGGCCUAUCAAGACGCCCUGGAGCUGAGUGGGGGUGUGGCCCGCAUGGGGGCCAGCUCUCCGCUGGAGAACCCGCUGACGCCGCUGCUGGACGAGGGCCCGGACGAUCCCCGGGGGUCACCCGUCGCCCGUAAAGGUCGCAGCCGUGGCAACAGCUCGCGCAGCAGCAACAACAGUGAGUCGCGGCGCGAUUCCGUCACCAGUCCCGAAGACGACCCUGACGACAAGGACGGGAACAAGAAGAGUCCAUGGCAACACGAGGAGAGGCCGCUCAUGGUGUUCCACCCCAAGAAAUAAAACCUCGCCAUGGAGACAAAAGGUCAAUCUGGGGUCACUUUUGGCAUUUAAUCUUCUCUCUUGUCGCUGAUGAGACCAAGCCACAAAGAGAAACUGGACUUUUUCUGAAGCCUUGAGGUGAAGUCAACACAAGCACAACUAAUCCACUACUAAUCCACUACUAAUCCAUUACCCAACUAUAAGGUCCAAAAGAAGAAGCUUCAGGAAACGUUCACAGUCAGCCAUCAAGAUUUUGGAAACAUCCCAACCACAUUCCCCCUCUUUCAGGCUAGUCCUACUCUUCCCUUUUUGAUGUUCACAUCCACCACAAUGAAGCACAAAAUGGAAGCUGUUUCUCCUCGCAUCAGGAAAUGCAAACGCAUCUCAAAGGCUACUUUGUUUCACUGGUCCAGCGGUGUUUUAAUCAACGGUGACUAAACAUGGCCAUUAGUGGUGACCCUCACAGACAAGUGGUGUGGAAGCCAGAGGAUCUUGUUGUUCUGGAGAAGACUGGAGAAGAUUUUUCAUUUGUUUUGGGAAGACCCACGUUUGAAAUACAUAAUUGAAAUGCAGUAUAAUAUAUAGCUAUCCCCAAAAAACACUCCUCCUCUAAACAUGUACACAGCAUCCCAUGACAAGAUGUUGACAUUGUUUUGUCUCUGUGUGCCUAAGUGCAUAUUUGUGUUAAUUCGUUGUAGUUGCUUCAUAUCAUUUUGGUACACACCUCAAUCACCAAUAUAGGUGUCUGUAUUUAUUGAGAAUUAUAUUUGAAUGGUAUUUAACAGAAUUCAAUUCUACAGUCUCACAGAAGAGUCUUUGAUUUUGCCAUGUGUUUUGGGCAGAGCUGAGUUGUCUGUGACUCUUUGAGGUUGUCUUAUACUUUUUUGAGGUUGUCACUUUUCCUGUUUGAAAUGUAGCUGGUUGCAGCGUUAGUGUUAUAUCAGUCUGUGAGUCCUGUCCACUUGCAGAUGAUGGAUAGAAGUAUGACAGAAAGUGCUCAAAGCUCCUGGGACAAAUCCUGAAGGUGGUUCCAGUGGAGACCCAGAUAGAUCUGUUAAACAGGUCUGGUCCUGUUUUACGCAAGAUCUGUUCCAGAGUAGAGAAGCUAGACAGACUGUGUGAUGCAGGUGGAACUCGCAAUUUUUGUUUUUGAAAGAGGAACACUUCUAGACUAAUGUAGUUUUUAAGAGGAACACUUCUAGACUAAUGUAGUUUUUAAGGGAUUGGAUUGGUACAUAGAAAGAGAGUGUGUCAGUGCCAUUGAGACGUUUUGGCAUGAAGAUGGAUUUUGUGUUCUAUCUCAUUUGAUUAUAUUUUCAAGUUCUGGAAAAAGUAAACAAAUAUAUUGCAAUCACAUGAAACUGAACUGAGAUGCUUAAAAUGCAGAAGAUUCAUAAGGAGCAUCAGCUUUCCCCUGUUGCAUCAAAAUGACUCUCAAGUCUCUCAAGUGUUUUGACAACACAAAUGGCAGGCAACACCUUUCAAAAGAUUUUGUACUUUAAUUAAUCUCUCAUAUUCACAGACAACCUUUCUUACGAGUUAAUUAGCUCAGAGCAUUUAUCGCAAACUUCCUUGUCACUGAUUUGUUUGCUUGGAGAUGCACGUCCAUAAUGGACCCUACAGUUUAAAAGAUGAAUGUAUAAACAUGAAACCAAUCCAAACGCCCCCGCCUGGCCACUGCUCUCUCUGGAAGUGCCUUGGUCCCACGCCCAGGCUGGAGGGACUGGCACGGGCAUGGGGACAGGCGGCCUCCCUGACGAGGCGGGGAGAGGAGGCACGAGGAGAGGACAACCACCUUCUGCACUUAAGACACGCGUUCAACAGAUAGGAUGUGUCGUUGCUGUCGUGGUACAGAGACAGUAGCACAUUGGCUAUGUGUGGCUACUGAGGCAAAGAAUGGCUAACAUAUACCGAUACAACUGAUCACAGUGUGCCACACUAAUGCAAAUGCAAACAAUCAGUGUAAUGUUCGUCUUUAUAACUGAGCUGAGUGACACUGUACGGUUUAUAUUUACAUUGUGACAAGGGAUAGGCAAACUAAAGUAUGGCCCAACAUUUUAUUUAUUAUUAUUAGACAAAAACCUUGCUAUGAUGUAUCUGGAUCGAUGAGUACAGUGCAACAAGCAUACACAAGUAUUAGUGUAAAAUAUUGCUUUGUAACUUGAUUGGUUACCCUGCACGCGAUAAUCUAUUUACUUCAAGGGGUGACAAAGCGGUAUGCAAUUGAAAGAAUGACAAAGCUGUUUUUGCCAUAUUGUAGCUUUUGGUUGGACCUGGUAUUGAUGUAGAUAGCAGAUGACUGUGUGCAUUCAGUGGAGCUGGGCCAGAUGUGGGCCACGUCUGGGCCGGAGGUGGUUCAAAGCUAGCUGCUGUCUGGGGUAUAGAUGUGCUCAGAUGUGCCCUUUGACCUCUGUGUCACAACACUUAGCAAUUGUGUGCAAAGAUUCUAGAGCGGAGCGUAGCGCUUUAGAGUCUUUUAUUGUGAGUCUCAUGAAUCGAAUGGGGCGGAAAAUGCGAACUGGUAGGAACACGCUUUGCUGUUCUGGGAUUCUGUGUAUAUGUAUCAUAGAUUAUAUGUGCAUGAUAUAGGCCACUGUGCAUAGAGUAGCAUUUGAUCAUCAGGCAUCGUUAUGUGGUGGAAACAUUCUUCUGCAUGCUGGUGGAGACCACAGUCACGUCACAUCAGCACUGAGUUCAGUUGCCCAAGUACUGAAAUGUCCCCAAGUACUGAAAUGUCCCCAAGUACUGAAAUGUCCCCAAGUCAAGAUGCCAAGUUGAAGUGGAGGAGUCCUUCUGAAGCCAUUGAUUCCUUUCCCUUCCUCCCUCACUCUCUGUCACACGUUAAGGGCAACACCUUCAGACAUUUUAAGUUCGACGUUGUGUGCUUCUGAAGACUAAUGUCGAUAUUCAUCACUGCCAAUUACAUUUCAGUACUGUGAACUCCAUGUGGAUCCUUUCCAGAUGUUUACUCUGCUCUUCUGGUUGUUUAUUCCUCUGAUUGUUUACUCUCUCCUCUCUUUCUUUCUCUCUCUCUCACUAUCUGUUUCUUCCUUCCUUCUCUCUGUUGGUGCUCAACCUGCAGGGCUGUGUGAGGUAUAAACACACCCUUUGAUAAUCAUCUUAAAUGCAAUAUGUCACCUAAACGGAUGACUUUGUUGAACUUCACCGUGGAUGCUUUUAUGGGUAACAUUGGGGAGGGGGGCUGGACUGUACUUCACUUGUAAUCUCGACUGUAGCUGGUAGCGUAAGUAGUCUGAGGAUUUGCUUAAGGAGAUCUGCUGAAUUUCUAACAAUCAUUUCUUACCUGGAAUGGAUGGAGAGCCAGCACUGUGUCUGAGAACAUCUCAGAACCCCAACCUCUUCCUGGAAGGCUUUUCAGCCAGCUCACAUGUUUCCGGUGGAAUGUCAGCUGUGUUGUAGGGGCUAUUGUGUUAGUGUACCUGUUUACACAGACCCGGCUCGGUGUUGGACAGAGUUAAGUUGAAUAAGGAGCUGCACAUAAGUUGGACAUAAAUAACAUACUUAUCGUCCCAGUGAGAACAGAAGGGGCAGAAUAUGACAGAAGGUGCCGUAACAACACAGCUGACGCUCCACUGGAGACAUAUGAGCUGUCUACAGAGCCCUCUGUGACAUAUAGUCCAUUCCCUCAGAGCUACAGGAUGGAGUGCAGAUGAUUGAGGAAGCUCACAGUGUGGUAAUAACUAUGGGCACCUGGGUCUGGCCCAGUAGCCCUGGCCUGGAAUCCAGCCAUGAUUCUGGAAUCCACCCAUGAUUCUGAAAGCUGGAUGAUGCUGUAAUAUCAGCUUUCACUAUGAUUAUGAUGAUGGUCUUGGAUAAACCCCAUUUCCCAACCCAACAAAUCUGCAUCAGUGGCAGGGAGCUGUCAAAAUAAAAAGAUUUUGUAAUUCCUAAAACCAGACUGACAAAGUAGAAGGGCAUCCAAUAUUGUUAAAAACAAACAAACACAUAAUCCCAUGUUAUGACCUCAGAGUUAAAACAAUCGUGGUCAUUUUACAUCAAAACCUCUUUUGAUAUUUGAAUCAAAUGAACCAUCAUUACUAGAAAUUAACUAUGUUACAGUCAAACUGCUUCACUACAAUUUGGGCUCUCUCACACACACACACACACACACACACACACACGAUUUGCACGUCAGUGUGGGUCCGUCUUGUAGCCUUGACCCACCACUGCACGCUCCAUCCCACAAAGGUGGUACAAUGCCACCCAUUGAAUUUCUAAAGCACUCUACACUGUGUUUUGCUAUAGCUGAAUUGAGCUAUAAUAAUGAGUAUAAUGAAUAUGCUUCUAUCACAUUUAUUAGUCUGAGGCAAAGUGAGCAGAAAAAAACACUUACAGACCUCAAAAUGCUCCCCACUGGAAAAUAAACAAAAGACAUUUUAAGGGUUCAUUAUCACAAAGUUCAACAUAGACAGGCAUCUCAUGGAGUGGCUUGGGCUUUACUUCCACCAACUCUGAGAAUGAUUGACAGGCAAUCACUUGAAAUCCCCUGUAUUGUUCUCCCGAUGACUGACAGCUCCUUCACCUUGUCCACACAGUGUACAUUGUUCAACUAUGUGAUGUGGUUGCGGGUGACCUUGUUUCCCAGUAUGUAAGUAGGUUUGGUUGGAUGGCAUUUUCAUACUCUGUUGUUGUGGCUAUUGUUUGCCUAAAAAAUUCAGGACAAAAAAUUAGCCAUUUCACUUGACUGGUUGGCUUAAAGUAAUGGGAUUCUAUUGAAAUUUUAAGUGAGAAGAUAAAAUAAAUAAAUUCAUUGAUAAGCAUUCAGUGAAAACUAUAUAGCCUAAUUGUUUGUAAAAAAAAUAUGAUAUAACUUAUGACAUUUGAUUCUGUACAUUCAUAAAAAAAAUAAAACAAAUUUGUUUACACUUA